CCGCUCGGCCCGCGUGCUGGCGCUCGAGGAAAAGAACAAUGCUGUCAGCAUGUCUGCACACUCCAUGCUUUGUGAACGAAUAGCCAUAGCCAAGGAACUGAUCAAGAGAGCAGAAUCACUUUCUAGAUCAAGAAAAGGUGGCAUUGAAGGUGGUGCAAAGCUGUGCAGCAAAUUGAAGGCAGAAUUAAAAUUUCUACAAAAAAUAGAAGCUGGGAAAGUAGCUAUUAAGGAGUCCCAUUUACAGAGCACAAAUCUGACACACUUAAGAGCAAUUGUGGAAUCAGCAGAAAACCUGGAAGAAGUUGUUAGUGUUCUACAUGUCUUCGGUUACACAGAUUCCUUAGGAGAAAAGCAGACUUUGGUAGUGGAUGUCGUUGCAAAUAGUGGCCAUACUUGGGUCAAAGCUAUUGGCCGAAAGGCUGAAGCUCUGCAUAACAUUUGGCUUGGCAGGGGCCAGUAUGGUGACAAAAGCAUCAUUGAGCAGGCUGAAGACUUCCUCCAGGCCAGUCACCAGCAGCCAGUGCAGUAUAGCAACCCUCACAUCAUCUUUGCCUUUUAUAACAGUGUCUCCAGCCCCAUGGCCGAGAAACUGAGAGAAAUGGGUAUAUCUGUGAGAGGAGAUAUAGUGGCAGUUAACUCUCUGUUAGAUCACCCUGAAGAGUUCCAACCAAGUGAAAGUGAAUCUGAUGAUGAGGGCCCUGAAUUUUUGAAGGUCACCAGAGUAGACAGAGAUAAUGUAUUAGCAAGUGUUGCAUUCCCAACGGAGAUUAAGGUUGAUGUGUGCAAAAGAGUAAAUCUGGACAUUACUACUUUAAUCACGUACGUAUCUGCCCUCAGUUAUGGAGGCUGCCAUUUUAUCUUCAAAGAAAAAGUACUCACAGAUCAAGCAGAGCAGGAGAGGAAAGAGCAGGUUCUACCGCAGCUGGAAGCAUUUAUGAAGGACAAGGAAUUAUUUGCUUGUGAAUCUGCUGUCAAGGACUUUCAGUCUAUUUUGGAUACUUUAGGAGGACCUGGAGAAAGAGAGAGAGCCACUAUGCUAAUUAAGCAAAUUAAUGUAGUUCCAGACCAGCCUUCUGAACGUGCCUUGAAACUAGUGGCCAGUUCAAAAAUCAAUAGUCGCUCAUUAACAAUUUUUGGGACAGGAGAUGCCUUAAAAGCCAUUACAAUGACUGCUAAUAGUGGUUUUGUCCGAGCUGCCAACAACCAGGGUGUUAAGUUUAGUGUAUUUAUCCAUCAACCGAGAGCACUUACUGAAAGCAAAGAAGUUCUUGCUACACCCUUACCGAAAGACUACAGAACUGAUAAUGAAUACUAAUGAUGGCCUUUAAAUAUUGUCGAGGAAAUAAGUUAUUUAUACCAAAGACUGGGUCUUCCCAUCUUAAAUGGAUGGUGGGGUGGAGGUUUGUAAUAAAAUUAAUGCUUAGAACUUAGAACCAAUGAAUUUAUGUGUCA